GCAGCGGUCGGUAAGACAAUGCAGAUCUACAGACAGAGCCAGAUUGUUGCUCGGCAGAUGAUUGCACAGGGGGUGCCAGGUGCUAUUGUGAAUGUCUCCAGCCAGGCAUCUCAGCGUGCUCUGCGGGAUCACGCUGUUUACUGUUCCACAAAAAGUGCUUUGGAUAUGCUGAGCAAGGUAAUGGCAAUGGAACUGGGACCCUACAAGAUUAGGGUGAACACUGUGAACCCCACAGUGGUUAUGACUGACAUGGGGAGAAUUAACUGGAGUGACCCUCAGAAAUCUGCUGCCAUGAUUAAUCGGAUUCCGCUGGGAAAGUUUGCAGAAGUGGAUGACGUGGUGAACAGCAUUCUCUUCCUGCUAAGCGCUAUGACAACUGGCAGCUCGCUGAUGGUUGAUGGGGGAUUUCUCGUCUCCUAAGAUGACACCUACUUUUUACACCUGGCGUUAAUUUUCAUACUAGUACUGCACACAUGUAAACUGGAUAGAAAACAAUGACAGACCCUGGAGAAAGAGGGAUAGGAGGGCUGGGACUUCUAUGAGAAGCGAGGCAGAAAAUUACCUUUAGAAAGCUGCUAUAUAAUAAAGCUCACAUAUGCCGUCA